CUGUCUUCGUUGUUGCCAUUUUCUCAUUUGCUGUUGCAGAGACCAACUGAUGCACUCAACCUAACUGCAAGUCUGUAACUGACUCAUCUCAUCAGUCAUUCCUUUCCUUCAUCUUCCACUUUCUCAACAACCCAUCUCAACACUAACAAAACAAACUCUUACUUCUACCAAAAACAGUUAACAAAACAAUACCUUUUCUUACUUUGCUAAUGGCUUCUGCUACUUCUUCUUCUGCUUCUUCCCAUUUGGCUACUCCACGUGUCUUUUCGUUUCCUUCUCGUAAUCUCAGCCCCAGCGCCAAUGCAAUCUCCUUUCCCUUUCGUUUGCUCCCCAAAAGGGCAACUCUCAAGACCCGAAACGCGCCUCUUCCACUUAAGAUACUGUGUAUGCGUGAACCUAAAGUGGUCACAAAAGACUCAUGGGAGAAGUUGAUUCUGAACAGUGACAUACCUGUUCUGGUUGAAUUUUAUGCGAGUUGGUGUGGGCCUUGCCGGAUGGUCCAUAGAGUAAUUGAUGAGAUUGCUGGAGAGUAUACUGGGAAACUUAAAUGCUAUAUGCUCAACACAGACACUGACUUGCAAAUUGCUGAGGAAUAUGAAAUCAAGGCUGUACCUGUUGUCUUGCUGUUUAAAAAUGGAGUUAAACGUGAAACCGUGGUUGGAACCAUGCCAAAGGAUUUCUAUGUCUCUGCUAUUGAGAGGGUUAUCCAGCCAUAAACAUGACUUUAUGCUUGCCUAGGACAUCCAGUAAAGUCGAUCUUUUCAUGAGAUGGUACGAUAUUGUUGAAAUUUUUUUGGUCGCUCAGUCCAUUUAUUGUACAUCCCUUAGAGAAUUUACUUGAUUUCAGUUACAACCAGAAGCACUGGACUGUUUGACUAUAUUUUGUAAAUGUGUCAUUGUUGUUCCUAUUCAAUAAUGUUCAGCUGAGGCAACGUCUGAUGAAGCUCUUUCGAAAAUUUUUUCACAAAUGGAUGUUUCUGAGUUUUAAGUAUGUAAUGCUAUUUUCCCAA